AUGUUUAAAGUCACUACAAUAACUCACUUGACAGAUGAUUCGAAUAGACCAUUGGUAUGCUUAACAACAAAGCUCGGAUCAAAGUAUUUAUUUGGAAAAGUCCCUGAAGGUUCACAAAGAAUUAUAAAUGUAAUAGGAAGUGAAGUUAGAUUUCCUAAAUUACAAGGUGUUUUUCUUACUGGGUCUAUAUUUUCAUGGUCCGAUAUUGGGGGAUUGCCAGGAUUAUUUUUAACAGUGAGUGAUUCGACGAAAAAUGGGGUAAAUGUAAUUGGUUGUGGGAAACUAUUAUCAUAUAUUGUGGCAACAUGGAGACAGUUUGUUUUCCGAAUGGGGAUAACAUUAAAUAUUAUCGAUACUGAAACUAAUCCUGAAAUAACUGGUGAAGAGAUUGUUAUUUCACCUAUUAGAAUCGAUCCUGUUGAACAUGAACCACAUCCAGAAAACUCAAAUGUCCUUGUUCGUCAAGUCAAAAAGUUGGCAUCCUUGAUGUUUCCAUUAGAUACAAGCGAAGUAAAUAGCAGAGAUCCUGAGUCAUAUAGAUCUGAUCCAACACUGAAAGAUAUUCACACGCAUGUUCAUCUACCAAAAGCUUCAGAGAUAGUUACUUCCCAAGCAGCAUACUCAUAUUCAGUUAGAAUUCUACCAAUUAGAGGUAAGUUUGAUCCAAAACGAGCAAUAGAACUCGGGCUAAAACCUGGCCCACAAUUCAGAGAUUUGUCGAAUGGUAAAGCUGUUGUUAAUGAAAAUGGUGAGACAAUUCAACCGGAACAAGUUAUUGCUCCGGAUAGAUUGUUCCGAAAGUUGUUAAUCAUUGAUAUUCCAAACAAUGAUUACUAUGAAAACACAAUAACUUCAAAUAAGUGGUUUGCAAAAGCUGAGAAUGAAAAAUCUAAUGAAAUUGGGUUGGUGUAUCAUUUUUUGGGUGAAGAAUUGGACUUUGAUUUGCAACACUAUAAAGAAAACUUCUUGUCGAAAUUCCCAAGUGAUGCUUACCACAUCAUUAGUCACCCAUCAAUGACAAAUAAUGUCAUUUUGAAUGAUAAAUUGGUUGCAAACACUAUAAAAUUAAAAUCUUUAAUGAAUGAAAACUUCAACUUGGUCAAUCUGGAAGAAUUUCAACCGUUAAGUGAUGGUCACGUUGAGAGAUUACAUGCUUUACAACUGUACCAAAUUACCGAAAAUGAAGUUCACGCUGAUAAUUCCUGCUCAGUUCAAGCCACCAACAAGUCAUUAUACGACAACGAAGUGGCACCAAUGGAGAUACCGGAAGCUGUUGAUUAUGAGUCGAUGACAAAAACAAGUAUUGAACUUGAUGACGAAACUACAUCAUCAUUGAAGGAUAAAGUGCAAAUUUGUAUGCUUGGAACUGGAUCAGCUUUACCAAGUAUAUCCAGAAAUGUGUUGGGAAAUUUGCUCCGUAUUCCAUUCCAACACGAUGAUGGAUCUAUUAGUUAUCGUUCUAUUAUAUUGGAUGGUGGUGAGAAUACUAUCGGUAGUUUACUUCGUACAUUUGGUCAUGAUAAUUACAAAUAUGUAAACCAGAUUUUUCAAGAAUUAUCAUUGAUCCAUCUUAGUCAUUUGCACGCAGAUCAUCAUUUGGGUAUUGUUUCCUUAAUAGGUGAAUGGUUCAAAUUAAAUGAUAAAUCAAAGACAUUAUACCUUGUGGUACCAUGGCAGUUUAUAACCUUUUUGAGGGACUGGUAUUCUUUAGAGCUGCAAUACCAUCCUACAUUUGACAUUAACAGAUUGGUAUGUUUUAGUUGUGAGGAUUUCUGUUUGGAGACACGUGCUGCCGAAUACCAAAAAAUGAGUAUGGAUAAGUUUGAAGAGUAUUUUGACAAGAAACUUUUACAUAAAUCUGUGCCAAAGGGGAAAUUAAAUUCUUUAGAUUUGGAAUCAAUUCAGGAAAUGUAUGAUUCAAUUGGGUUAAAUUCAAUUGCCACCGUUCGUGCCUUGCAUUGUGCUUGGGCAUAUUCUAGUAUAUUUGAUUUCAAGUUAAACAACAGAGGAGAAACUUUCAAAGUUUCAUUCUCAGGAGACACGAGACCUAAUCCAAAAUUUUCUAGAUGUGGAUACGAUAGCGAUUUGUUAAUCCAUGAAGCAUCAAUGGAUGGUAACUGGAUUGAAGAAGCGAUUGCUAAAAAACAUUCUACCAUGAUAGAAGCUGUUGCGGUUAGUAGAAACAUGAAUUGUCCUAAAUUGAUAUUGACACAUUUUAGUUCACGUUAUGGUAUUUCCAAUAAUUGUGUUCCAAAGGCAGAACUUGAAGAAUGUGCAAAUGAGUUAAACUCCUAUCUUUCAGAGAACACAAGUGAUCAGAAUAUAUUCAGAGCUAAAAGUAAUAGUAAUUUGGAGUUCAAAGAUAUUGAUAUCUGGUUUGCAUACGAUUUAAUGAGUGUUCGUUAUGGAAAUAUGCACACACAAGAGAAGGUUUGGCCAAUUUUAAAAGAAACAUUCAAACCUAAUAGUGAGGUGGAUGUUGAAAAAAUUAACGAAAAGAAAGAAAUAAAGAGAAUCGAAAGAUUGGCAUUUAUGGAAAAGAAAAAGAAAAAGAAGAGAAGAACUAGUUCAAUGUAG